UUUCCUAUUUAUGGAUUAAACAAGGCACAGCUAGAGAUAUUUCGGGAGUACUUCGAUGAGAAUCUUAAGAAAGGAUAUAUACAAUCAUUGCGAUUACCAGCAGAAUACCCCAUCCUGUUUAUACUUAAGAAGAAUAGCAAGCUCAGGCUAUGCAUUGAUUACAAGCAAUUUAACAAUAUUACAAUUAAGAAC